UCUGUCCAGCGGCAACUGACUUCUUCCUCGGUUUCUCCAGCUCCAUCAACUUCUCACCACCGUGCUCGCAUCCGAGCAGGAGUCCGCAGGCAGAAGGAACCUGAGAAUGAAGGCGGGCUGUAAACGUCCACCUCCCACAUCAGACGCCGACUGCCUCGGAAUCCCGCUGCCGGCGGAGGGGAGCGCUGUAGCCGCCUGCAGCCACCCCCUCCUUCCCUGAUGCCACGGCAGUGGUCGGGACAGACACAGAGGGCGAUUACAGGCCAGCAGGGAAGACAAGGGGGCAACAGGUUAUCACGAGGGGGGCGGCUCUUCCUAGGGGGUGCCCACUGCCUCGGAGGGGCCCUCGGCGCACGCGUCUUCCCAGCGGACGCUACUCCAGCCGCGCUUUCCCGGAAACCGCAGAAUUUGAAAGCUGGCAGGUCUCCUCUCCCGCCAGGAGAACGCGCAGGUGGCCGAACCCGCGUCAGGAUCUUGACGAAGACCCAUCUUGGUUGCGACGCCACUGCAGUCCGCUCGUGCCUAUCUUUUAUAAGGGACAUUUUCAAACUAUGAAGAUCCAUUUUUAGAAGUUUAUUCCCCUGUGAUGGAGAGAUAUGAAAAAAUUGGGAAAAUUGGAGAAGGAUCCUAUGGAGUUGUUUUCAAAUGCAGAAACAGGGACACAGGUCAGAUUGUGGCCAUCAAGAGGUUUCUGGAAUCAGAAGAUGACCCUGUCAUCAAGAAAAUUGCCCUCCGAGAAAUCCGCAUGCUCAAGCAACUCAAGCAUCCCAACCUGGUCAACCUACUGGAAGUCUUCAGGAGGAAACGAAGGCUUCACCUGGUGUUUGAGUACUGUGACCACACGGUUCUCCAUGAACUGGACAGAUACCAGAGAGGGGUACCAGAACAUCUUGUGAAGAGCAUAACUUGGCAGACGCUGCAAGCUGUAAAUUUUUGCCAUAAACACAAUUGCAUACACAGAGAUGUGAAGCCAGAAAAUAUCCUCAUCACAAAACAUUCAGUGAUUAAGCUUUGUGACUUCGGAUUUGCUCGACUUCUGACUGGACCCAGUGACUACUACACAGACUAUGUGGCUACCAGGUGGUACCGCUCCCCUGAGCUGCUGGUGGGGGACACGCAGUACGGCCCCCCAGUAGACGUGUGGGCAGUUGGCUGUGUCUUUGCUGAGCUGCUGUCAGGAGCGCCUCUGUGGCCAGGAAAAUCAGAUGUGGACCAGCUCUACCUGAUCAGGAAGACCUUGGGGGAUCUCAUUCCUAGGCACCAGCAAGUAUUUAGCACGAACCAGUAUUUCAGUGGAGUGAAAAUCCCUGACCCCGAGGAUAUGGAACCACUUGAAUUAAAAUUUCCAAACAUCUCUUAUUCUGCCCUGGGACUCUUAAAGGGCUGCCUCCACAUGGACCCUGCGGAGAGAAUGACAUGUGAACAGCUGUUGCAACACUCCUACUUUGACAGCAUCAGAGAAAUUGGGGAUUUGGCAAAAGAGCACGACAAACUUACAAGGAAGACUCUAAGACAGAGCCGAAAGCACUUGCCUGGGUUGCAGUGCCUACCUCAGCUAACAAGCAGCAGCAUCCUUCCGGCUUUGGAGAGUAAGAAGUACUUCUGUCAUACCAAGAAACUUAACUACCAUUUUCCAAACAUUUAAGGAGCCAGGAGAGCGUUGCUAAACAAAGAACUGAACAGUGCUUUGAAGAAACUAAAACUUACACAUUUGAUUGAACACAAAAUGUUGAAACACACUAGGAGAAAACAUAAGCAGGUAACUGGGUGGCCAUUUAGCAAGAUCUGAAGGGAAAUUCCAGUUCCCGUCUUCUUCCAUGCUUGAUGGCGGUGUCCAGGAAUAGAAAGGAAAAAUGUGUUUGGAAUUCCACUUGUAUUUCUGUUUAUCUAAGCAGCUAAGAAUGAACACAAUAUAAACUGUAUCUAAUGUCCAUACCUCUGGUAAAUUAGACAAUGUCAAAAAGAUUUAUGCUUCAGUUGUACAGGCAUUUUAAUAAUCC